CGCAGUGGCAUGUAAACACCGCCUGUACAGUGUAGGCCGCCUGCCUGUCUGAGACGUCGCUGUCCACGUAUUAGACGGUCGCAAUGGCAGCCAGACCAAGUAAGGAGCCACCCCGCAGUCAGCGUAGACAACGCUAACGCGUCCUGGUGGAAAAGCAAUAGAAAGCGGAAAAAACUAAACUUUCCUCGAGUUUUUCUACGCGAAAAUGCAGCGGACGCUAUCUUAAUGCAUGGGAAACAAGCCAGGCGAGGAAGUCGGCGCGGCGUGUUAAAAUCGCUUCAAGGUGGCGACAGACAAGGCUUCCGGUAGGCUGAGUUCUACUCUCUCAUGGGUGAAGAAGUCGGUCGGUCAGAUGGCUAGCCAGGUGGCCCCGCCCACGUCCCUGCCGAGCUCCGCGUCCUCGCCGUCGUUGUCCUCGCCGUCGUCACCGCCUCAGCUCAGCCCCGAUGACGUGGAGCUGCUGGCCAAGCUGGAGGAGCAGAACAGGCUUCUGGAGACGGACAGCAAAUCUCUGCGCUCCAUGAACGGCUCGCGGAGGAACAGCGGCUCCUCACUGGUGUCCAGCUCCUCGGCCUCCUCCAACCUUUCGCACCUGGAGGAGGACUCCUGGAUCCUGUGGGGGCGCAUCGUCAAUGAGUGGGAGGAGGUCCGCAAGAAGAAGGAGAAGCAGCUCAAGGAUCUGGUUCGAAAAGGGAUCCCGCACCACUUCCGCGCCAUUGUGUGGCAGCUACUAUGCAACGCCCAGAACAUGACCAUCAAGGACCAGUACUCGGAGCUCUUGAAGAUGACGUCGCCGUGCGAAAAGCUGAUUCGCCGGGAUAUCGCCCGCACGUAUCCCGAGCACGACUUCUUCAAGGAGAAGGACAGUCUGGGCCAGGAGGUUCUCUUCAACGUCAUGAAGGCCUACUCGCUGGUGGACCGAGAGGUGGGAUAUUGUCAAGGCAGCGCUUUCAUCGUAGGGCUGCUGCUCAUGCAGAUGCCCGAAGAGGAGGCCUUUUGCGUUUUUGUCAAGCUGAUGCAGGAUUACAGGCUGCGAGAGCUCUUCAAACCCAGCAUGGCCGAGCUGGGACUCUGCAUGUACCAGUUUGAAUGCAUGAUUCAGGAGGACCUCCCCGAGCUCCACGUGCACUUCCAGGCACAGAGCUUCCACACGUCCAUGUACGCCUCCUCCUGGUUUCUCACCAUCUUCCUCACCUCCUUCCCGCUGCCCGUGGCCACACGGAUCUUUGACAUCUUCAUGUGCGAGGGUCUGGAGAUCGUGUUCCGAGUGGGCCUGGCCAUUCUGCAGAUGAACCAGGCCGAGCUGAUCCAGCUGGACAUGGAGGGAAUGUUACAGCACUUUCAGAAGGUCAUCCCUCGGCAGCUGGACGGCGGUCCCGACAAGGUCAUUCAGGCAGCCUAUCAGUUUAAGUACAACGCCAAGAAGAUGAAAAAGUUAGAAAAAGAAUACACUACCAUCAAGACCAAAGAAAUGGAAGAGCAAGUGGAAAUCAAAAGGUUACGCACAGAGAACCGCCUACUGAAGCAGAGGAUCGACACGCUGGAGAAGGAAAGUGCUUCCUUGGCAGAUAGAUUGAUCCAGGGCCAAGUGACUCGGGCUCAGGAGGCGGAGGAGAACUACCUGGUCAAGAGGGAGUUGGCCACGCUCAAACAGCAGAGCGAGGAGGCGGGUGCUCAGUUGGAGCAGGCCCACAAAACCAUCAGGCAGCUUCAGCAGCAGCCGCAAGGGAAGGGGGCGCUACGCUGUUCGGAGGAGGCGGUGCUGCAACUGGAGCGAGAGCUGGUGCAGGCGCGGCUCAAGGAGGCGGAGUCUCAGUGCGCUCUUAAGGAGAUGCAGGAUAAGAUCCUGGAUAUGGAGAAGCGCAACACGUCACUACCGGACGACACCAACGUGGCCCGACUACAGGAGGAGCUAAUGGCCGUGACGGUCCGGGAGACCGAAGCGCUGGCAGGCCUCAAGGAACUACGGCAGCAGGUCCGAGACCUGGAGGACCACUGGCAGCGCCACCUAGCGCGAACGUCGGGCCGCUGGCGGGAAAGCCCCAAGAAGAACACGCUGGCCGAACUUCAGGACGAACUCAUGAGCGUGCGGCUGCGUGAGGCCGAGGCUCAAGCCGAGAUGCGCGAAAGCCGUCAGAGGAUGCUGGAACUAGAAACGCAGAACCAAAUUCACGGCAAUCAGCUUCGCCGGGCGGAACAGGAAGCACGAGGCCUUCAAGAUCGCGUUCAGACGUUGACGUCGCAGAACAAAGAUCUCAACUCGCAGUUGCAGGAGAUCAAACGGCGGCAAGCCGAGAUGGAAUGCAAGAGCAAAGAGGAAGUGAUGGCGGUCAGGCUGAGGGAAGCUGACAACAUGGCCGCCAUGGCGGAGCUGCAGCAGCAGAUCUCAGAGUUGGAGAUUCAGAAAGAAGAAGGGAAGGUGAAAGGUCAACUGAACCACAGCGACUCCAACCAGUACAUCACAGACCUCAAAGAUCAGAUUCGCGAGCUCAAACACGAGAUUUGCUGCUUAAAGGGACAGCGCGACGCUUCAAGCAAAACAUCCGCCUUUGACGGCAUCCACAUCAUCAACCACUACGCACGGCGUCACCACCGGGACGACGAUGACGACGGCUCAUACCACUCUUCCGACGACGAGGGAGGCCCCAAGGACGGCCACCGCAUCGUCCUCCACCCCAAACUUGGCGGCACGGACAGCGAGGACGACGAAGACGAGGACAGCGACGCGUUGAGGCUCUCCGUCCCCGCCAACGUCGGGAAUCACAAAACCACCGCCGUGUGACCUUUUCGGUACACAGAGACAACAAAAAACAAAACAUUUUAAUCUAUAUCACACUUCAUUCAACGGGAUUUUAUACGAACAUUAUUUUUUUAAACAACUCGGCGUUUACGCGAGCAUCCAUUUUGUCACUUUUUUUGGGGAGGGCGGACAUUUUGCCUUUGAAAUGACACAUUUCAAUCUUUUUGAAAAUUGACCCGGCGACGAGCCGUCAUUGGAGGAAACGAACUGAAAACGGACAAAUCCCCAGCAGGGCCGAGAACAAAAAGUGGUAUUUGCCAUGUGGCAAAAUGGAUUUUGCCAUGUGGCAUUUUUUUUGCCAUGUGACUUUUUUUUCUGCCAUAUGGCAAAAUUGAUUUUGCCAUGAGGCAUUUUUUGGCAUGUGGCAAAAUGGAUUUUGCCAUUGGGCAUUUUUUUUUGCCAUGUGGCAAAAUUAAUUUUGCCAUGUGGCAUUUUUUUUGCCAUGUGACAUUUUUUUUUUGGCAUGUGGCAAAAUGGAUUUUGCCAUUCGGCAUUUUUUGUGCCAUGUGGCAAAAUUUAUUUUGCCAUGUGGCAUUUUAUUUGCCAUGUGGCAUUUUUUUGCCAUGUGACAUUUUUUUUUUCUGCCAUGUGGCAUUUUUUUGCCAUGUGGCAAAAUUGAUUUUACCAUGAGGCAUUUUUUGCCAUGUGGCAAAAUGCAUUUUGCCAUGUGUGGCAUUUUUUGCCAUGUGGCAAAAUUGAUUUUGCCAUGUGGAAUUUUUUUGCCAUGUGGCAAAAUGGAUUUUGCCAUGUGGCAUUUUUUCGCCAUGUGGCAUUUUUUUGGGCAAGAGCCAAAAUUGAUUUUGCCAUGUGGCAAAAAAAAUUCCACAUGUAAAAAAAUGUCACAUGGCGAAAUCAAUUUUGCCACAUGGCAAAAAAAAAUGACACAUGGCAAAAUCAAUUUUGCCACAUGGCAAAACAAUUCCACAUGGCAGAAAAAAAGCCACAUCACAAAAUCAAUUUUGCCACAUAGCAAAACAAUUCCACAUUGCAGAAAAAAAGCCACAUGGCGAAAUCCAUUUUGCCACAUUGCAAAAAAAUGCCACAUUGCAAAGAAAAAAAGCCACAUGGCAAAAUCAAUUUGGCCACUUGGCAAAAAAAUGACACACGGCAAAAAAAUGAAACAAGUAAAAAAAAAUGUCACAUGGCAGAAAAAAAGCCACAUGGCAGAAUCAAUUUUGCCUUGUGGCAAAAAAAAUGCCACACAGCAAAAAAAAAAAUUAAAAAAAAAUAAAAAACAUGCCACAUGGCAAAAAAAAUGCCACAUUGCAGAGAAAAAAGCCACAUGGCAAAAUUCAUUUGGCCACUUUGCAAAAAAAUCCCAAAUAGCAAAUUCAAUUUUUCCACAUGGCAAAAAAAAAAAAAACUUGGCAAAAUCCAUUUUGCCAUAUGGAAAAAAAAUGCCACAUGGCAAAAUCCAUUUUGUCACAUGACAAAUACCACUUUUGGUUCUUGAUGUCUCUCCAAAUCCGAGCCUCGAAAGCGCUUGUAAAGGGACAGUAGUAAUGAAAACGUGACCAGACGUUACCAAGGUUGUCUAAUUGUCUUGAUUUCACCACGUUACCAAAUUGUUGUUGUUGUUCCUCUUGUGUUCACUCCAUUUCAUGCACCUCACCUGGUUCUAGACUGGAAACUGGAACCACACCUUAACCUUUGAUUUUCAGUCACUUCUCGUUUGUUUUGGGCAUUUAUGAGUUUCUGUUGAUUUGGGGGCGUAUAUUGGUCAUUUCCUGUUGAUUUUGGGUUACUGAACAGGAAUGAGAAUUUUGGAGCAUUUCAGGUCAUUUCCUGUUGAUGUUGAAGGCAUUUACGUGUCACUUCCUUUUCAUUAACCCAAAAAUAACAGUAAGUUGAGUAACCCAAAAUCAAAAGAAAGUCACCGAAAAUAAAGAAAUAACCUGAAAUGCUACAAAAUUAACUCGUUCCUGUUCAGUAACCCAAAAUCAACAGAAAGUGACCUGUAAAUACCCCAAAAAGAAAGAUAAGUGGGCAAAAAUCAACAGGCAAUGACCCAAAAUUCCCCCACAUGAAGAGAAAAUGACCAUUUCUUGUUGAUUUUGGGUCACUUCCUAUCGAUUUUGAAGGCAUGUAUGGGUCACUUCCUUUUCAGUAACCUUAAAAAAAGAGGAAAUGACUCGUAAAUGCCUUGAAAAUUAAGUGGAAGUGAUUAAAAAUCAACAGGAAAUGCCCCAACAUUUCCUGUGCAUAUUUGGUCACUUAUCGUUGUUUUGGGAGGCAUUUCUGGGUCACUUUUCUGUUCAUUUGUUGGUAUUUACGGGUCACUUUCUGUUGAUUUAGGGUGACUGAACUGGAAGUGACCUGUAAAUUCCUCCAAAAUCAACAGGAAGUGACCAAAAAUCAACAGGAAAUGACCAAAAAAUGCUACAAAAUGAACUCCUUCCUGAUUCAUUUACGAGUCACUUCCUGUUAGGUAGCCCAAGAUCAACAGGAUGUGUGACCUGUAAAUGCCUUCAAUAUCAACAGGAAAUGACCCAAAAUGCUCCAUAAUUAACUGAUUCCUGUUCAGUAACCCAAAAUCAACCAUCAACAGAAAGUGACCGAAAAUUGACAGAAAUGACCCAAAAUGUUCCUAAAUUAAUUAAACCAAUUAAUUGACGGCGCUAAACACCAGAAGUGAAUGUGUCACUUCCUGUUGAGUAACCCAAAAUCAACAGGAAAUGACCUGUUAAUUGCCCCAAAAACAACAGGAAGUGACCCCUUAAAUGCCUUCAAAAUCAACCGGAAUGCUUCUAAAAAAACGAGAAACGACCCAAAAUGCUCCAACAUUUCCUGUUGAUUUCGAAAGCAUUUACGAGCCACUUCCUCUUGAUUUUGGGAUAAUUACAGUUCACAUCCUGUUAAACUUGGGCUUCUGAAUAGGAAGUGACUCCCAAAUGUCACAAACGAAUCAGGAAUGAGUUCAUUUUGGAGCAUUUCGGAGCACUUCCUGUUGAUUUGCAGUCACUUCCCGCCAAAAUCAACAGGUAGUGACCGCAAACACCUUCAAAUUCGACAGAAAGUAACCGAAAAUUGACAGAAAUGACCCGAAAUGUUACCGAAUUUACUCAUUACAAAUGAUGGCACUAGACGCUACAAGUGACUAUGUCACUUCCUGUUCAGUAACCCAAAAUCAACAGGAAACGACCCGUAAUUGCCCCGAAAACAAUAGGAAGUGACCCUUAAAUGCCAUGAAAAUCAACAGGAAUUGACCUGAAAUGCCUCCAACACCGGGACCCAAAGACCUUGCUUUAGACGUCUAAUUCUUUUUAAUUGGGAGUUACGAAUGUUUGUUAUUUUGGAGCAUUUUAGGCCACUUCCUGUUAAUAUAUCAGCAUUUACGAGUCACUGUUGAUUUUUGGGUUAAUAAACAGGAAGUGACCCGAGAAUGUCCCAAAACUGACUUCAAAUCUACAGGAAGAGACCUAUAAAUGCCCUCAAAUGAACAGGAAUUUAAUGUUUUUCCGUUUUUUCACCUGAAUUUUAACCCGGAACUGAACUUUGACCUGACCUGAACUGGACCUGGACAAAAUCCUGGAUCCGGAUCUGACCCUGUAACUGGUGCUGAACUGUAUCAGGAUCUGGAAUGGAUCUACUUGUCCCGGGUCGAAGCAUAGUUUUGAGUGCAGCGUCCAAUUUUAUUGUUUGUUUUCAGCACUUUGGGAGUUUGCAGUACAUCACACACAAAUGCACACGCAGGGUGUUGAGAUUUUUGUGUGCGUGGAGUUGACAAUAAAAUGUUUGUUGAACUUUU